UUGAUUCAAAAGGUUUACGCGUUGAUCAUGAAAUGUCCCCUUUCAACGAGACCAACAAUCGCGUCAUAACAAUCAAAACGUCAUGUUUAUGUCAAACUAAAAUUUCUAAUCUCGCGUAACUACAUGGACGAUAUCAAAUGCAGGUUUAAAGAAUCGAAGAGCGUCGUAGAAUUGCUGGCUAGUAAUACCUGGAGUAACGUAUCACAAAACUACCAACGCGCACAUCAGAAACUAUUGGCCAAAGAAGAAAUGUUACAGGAUGACUUCCUUCACGAGGUUCGCACUCCGCUGAGAGUUCGGGAUGUUAUACCUGAGAGUAGGUUGGCUCAGUAUUGCAACAGCGAGUACGGCGAAUGGGAGGAGUGUUACAAAGAUACCAGUAAAUUAAGCAUCUUCUGUUCGUGCGUGAACGAUGACGAGUCAAGGCAAGAGCCGUGGAUGCUGCCCGAAGUGGAGGAAGCAUUUGUUUCGUUGGCGUACACGCCCUCUGUCGAAGAAAUUGAGUUGGUGCAAUUUCAAAAAUCUCACAAAUGCAAACUUCCGGAUAACUUCCGAAAGUUUCCCUUCUACGCGUCUUUUUCCGAAGCCGAAGACGCAUCUGCACGUGAAGAGUUGAUGGAGCAUAAACCGGUAGAGCUAACGGUGGAGACGUUCGAAGAGAUGAUUCUUCGUCUCAAAAUACGGUGCGAUGCAGUGAAGCAUUUGUGGUCGCGUUAUUCGCAGGCAAAAAGCGAAGAUGAAAUCGAGGAGAAGCAAAUUUUAAAGUCGCGGUUCGGAAAUACAUUCGCCGUAGAGAAAAAGAACGAUCACGAGGUGAGUCCGGAUUGGAUUUUGGACAAGUGCCAUAUUAGAAGAAUGGAUUUUAGUAACCUGCAGUAUUUGAGCGAUACCAUUAGAGCUUUAAAGGGGCACUAUUUCCAUCUUGAAAAAUUCUCGCGGGUGUCGGAGACGGACGUGAAGGAUACAACUCCGACUACCCGUCGGUUGUAUUCUGAUGUUCUGCGUGAAAAUCACCAUGAGUGUCUUGCUCCUUUGGUGGAAGAACCACUGUAUUCUCAAGCAAAACGUUCAUGCAUGGAAGAACCCUUGUCUUCCGAUUUUUUUAUGGAACCGCCUCCAACGUGUUCCACCGGUAUCUAUACGAAUUAUUAUGAAAAUGUCACCGCUUCAAAAAAUUGCUCGUACGAAAACACAUACUGUGCGCAUACUUAUGGUAACGUUUACUGUCACAAUUCACAAAACACCAACCUGCAUAACAGUUAUAUGCACAAGGAGCUCGUCUACUCAAAUUUUUACCAGCAUUCCUCUUUGAGCCGACAGUCUUAUACGCCAACGUGGUUCGCACCCACCCGAAACCCUCCAGUUUUCGCCUCGCCCCCAUUACCUUAUUUAACUGCACAGCCAUCAAGAUCGAACCAACCCUAUCCAAUGUUUUACUUGCGAACGCCCAACGUGCAAACCUACCACUACUCCCAAAAUCCACAACAGUGGGCGACGAGUUCCACUCAGCAGUUUUCCUCCGACCCCCAAUGCGUCGGAAAUUAUGGCAAAGUUAAGACGAAAUCGGUUCCCGACGCAAUGAAACGUCACGCGAGUUACGAGUUUACGUCCCAAGACAAAAGGCUUACCGUCAAGCCUGCAUUAUCGACGUCAUCUUUAGAACAUCGAGGUGACUCGAAUCGAGUAUUGCCCGUUUCGAGCAGCCUUUCGGAGGAUCUUGAGAGGCAGGCGUUGGAGCAGUAUCAAAACUCGAACGAGAAUUUAUAUCGGGAACUGGAAAAGCAAGCGGAGGAGCAAUACGACCAUGAUGAUCCAAUGGAAAACGAUUUGCGAUCGCCUUAUUUAAAUCGGUAUCGUGUCAGACGAUGAAAUAAUGUGCGUUUUUUUGUUCUUUCGUGUUUAACAAAAUACAAAUCUUUGAAUGUUA